AAAACAUGAUGAUUUCCAGCCUCGUCCUCCACCCUCCUUCCAUCAUCAUCAUCAUCAUCAUCAUCAGUCUCUCGCCUCCUGCUUAGCUUAUGCUGGACUGCGGACGGCUCCAGUCCGUCUCCACCUGCGUGCUAUUGCAGCACAGCGGUACAGUGAGCGUGUCCUGACUGCACCCCAGGACAGAUGCCAAUUUCACAUCCUCCCCGUAAAUAACCACUUGCCUUUGCCUUUUUUUCCCCCCCCACUGCGUUAUUUAAAAACAUCCCGUCGCGUUUUAAUUGCGAUAGGUAGCUCUUUUUGUUGGUUUAAACGUAGCAAAGUUGGCUCCACGAUGGACUCGAAGCGAGAUAAAGAACAAGAUGCAGACUGUGAGAAGAUAUCCGCUGCACUGCUCAAGUCCCGCACGGGGGAAUUUGAUCUGGAGUCGAUACUGUUCCUCAAAUUGAGAGGUCUUGGAAUUCAUGAUCUUGGAUGCAUUGGCGAGUGUGUGACUUUGGAGAGACUGGACCUCUCCGGAAACAACAUCACAAAUUUAGGUCCUCUGGCAUCUCUGCGACAUCUUACUUCACUCAAUUUGUCAUCUAACAGGAUUUCCAAUAUAGAGCCCCUGCGUAGUUGUGAGAGUUUACAGAACUUAAACGUGGCUGGUAAUAUCAUAUCAAGCAUUGAGAGCCUAAGCGGCCUUCAGCCUUUGAAAAAGCUAGAAAAUAUACGUUUUAAAGACAACACCUACAAUUACUCCAAUCCAGUGUGCAGGAACGCAUCAUACAGAACAAUAGUUCUUGAGAUGUUCCCCAACAUCAAGGUGCUGGAUGGUGAAAGAGUGGUCGGACGUGGGAGUGACUUGUACCAAUUAUGCAAAGACAUUGAUGAUACCAUCAAAGCUGGUUCUUACAAGAAUGGACAGCUUGUUGAACACACCGAUUGCAAACCAUGGGUGGAGGACAGUUACUGGGAGAUAAAGAGAUCAAACAACGCUAUCAUUGAUGAGGCUUACAAACAGUUUAACGAUGUUCUUCAUGAAUGCAGACUCCUCAACAACAGAGCCACUCAUGUCAUUUCGCAAACUGAAAGAUCCAUGAGCCUGAAGAAGCAGCCAAAGCAGUUUGCCAUCUGAGUUGGGAAAUAUUGGACACAUUGGUGUGCAACAUUUAGCAACUUUUUUGUUCUAUGAUAAAACCAUGGCUAUAAUGUACUGUAGGAUUUUUCGAAUUACUAAGCUACAUCCAAAUGCUUGAUCCGUGUCAUUGCUGGACACACUCGCUCUGUGUUGCAGUGUGAGGCAUUUGUUGAAGUUGUAUCGCAUCCUAUGCAUUAUGUAACUGACGAUACAUGUAAGUGGUUUUAAAAACCUUUAUCCAUACUGACACCCCUCAGUUUGGUUCCAAGAUGUCUUUACUUGCACAGUGUGCAUUUUGUACCAUGUUGUAGCCCGUAAUUAUGCCAAGAGCUAUGCUGCUUAAAACAUUUCUAUAGGUAAGUGAUUAAGAGCUGUUUUUCCAUUUUGCAUUGCUGGAUAGUUUUUGGGAGUUACUGCGUCCCAUGCUGUAUGCUUUCUAUGUAAGUUGAACUUUUGCAAAAUGUGAUUGAAUGAUUGUUUCAGCUGUUUCUACUUGUUUUAUACCAUAAAGUUUAUUAAGUGUACAAUCAACUUGUGGGAUUUACUGUGCUUAUAAAAAGGCGUACUUGA